CUCAACCGUCAGAUUAAAAGAUAAGUGCAUUAAUAUUUCUCUUUCAAUAGUCAACAACUCAGAGACUUUUAAUUCGAACUGUUAACAAUUUCACUAAUUGCUAUCACGUCCGAGCACUUUCUCUCUCUAAUAAAGAGAGUAAAAGAGAGAGAGAGAGAGAGAGAGAGAGAGAGAGAGAGAGUUGAGGAUGGCGCUGUAGUUGCAGAGAAAAGAACAAAAAAAAAAAAAAAAAAGCAGAGAAAAAAGCAGAAGCGCGUAGAGCUGAAAUGCUGAGGUUUGUUCUGCCAUGGCUUUGGGUAUUCAUCUUCCAUUUGGCUUCAGCUAAUAAUAUUGAUCCAUAUGUAAUGCGCAUUAGCUGUGGAGCCAGGAAUAAUGUCCAUACCCGACCUACCAAUACUUUGUGGAAUAAGGAUUUUGCAUACACAGGAGGUAUUCCAACAAAUGCAACUCGUCCAAGUUACAUAAGUCCUCCAUUGCAGACACUGCGGUAUUUCCCGUUGUCUUCAGGGCCGGAAAAUUGCUACAACAUUCGAAGAGUUCCAAAGGCACAUUAUUCAAUCAGAAUUUUCUUUGGAUUGGUUAAGCAAGUAAAUUUUGACAAUGAGCCUCUGUUUGAUGUUUCUAUUGAAGGAACUCAGAUUUUUUCUUUGAAAUCUGAUUGGAGCAACCAUGAUGAUCAAGUAUUUGUUGAAGCCCUUGCAUUUCUUACCGAUGGCACAGCUUCUAUCUGCUUCCACAGCACUGGUCAUGGAGAUCCAGCAAUCCUUUCCCUUGAAAUUCUUCAGAUUGAUAAUCAAGCAUAUUAUUAUGGUCCACAAUGGGGCGAAGGAGUAAUCCUUAGAACAGCAGCAAGACUUACUUGCGGUGAUGGGAAAUCGAAGUUUGAUGUAGAUUAUAACGGGAGUAAUUGGGGUGGAGAUAGAUUUUGGGGUUCUAUUACAACCUUCAAUAGAGGUUCUGAUAGAACCAGAUCUGUUGAAAAUAGUAUUAAGCAGGCGUCAAAGAUACCCAACCAUUAUCCAGAAGCUCUUUAUCGGUCCGCAAUUGUUAGUACGGAUAGUCAGCCUAACUUAGAAUAUACAAUGGAUGUGGAACCCAACAAAAACCACUCCAUAUGGUUACACUUUGCAGAGAUUGACUCUGCAGUUUCUAAGGCAGGGGAAAGGGUAUUUGACAUCCUGAUAAAUGGUCACACUGCAUUUGAAAAAGUAGAUGUUAUUCAGAUGAGUGGAGAUCGCUAUACUGCACUUGUACUUAAUACUACUGUUGCUGUGAAUGGGAGGACUUUGACAAUAACUUUGCAACCCAAGACAGGUAGUCAUGCUAUUAUUAAUGCCAUCGAGGUCUUUGAGGUUAUCAGGGCUGAGUCUAGAACUUUGCCUGAAGAAGUUAGGGCCUUACAGUCACUUAAGACAGCAUUGGGGCUUCCAGUUCGACUUGGAUGGAAUGGCGAUCCAUGCGUUCCACCACAACACCCAUGGAGUGGAACAGAUUGUCUAUUUAACAAAUCUACCAGUAAAUGGGCCAUUGAUGGACUUGGUCUUGACAACCAGGGUCUCAAAGGCUUUCUGCCUAAUGACAUAUCCAAACUUCAACAUCUGCAGACCAUCAACCUGAGCGGAAAUAGCAUUCAUGGGCCCAUACCAUCCUCCCUUGGAACAAUUACAAGCUUAGAAGUAUUGGACCUCUCAUACAAUUUCUUCAAUGGUUCAGUUCCUGAAAGUCUUGGGCAGUUGACACUAUUGCAAAGACUGAGUCUGAACAGCAAUGCUCUCUCCGGGAAAGUCCCUGCUGCUUUGGGGGGUAGACUUUUGCACAGAGCUAGCUUCAAUUUUACUGAUAAUCAUGGCCUUUGUGGUCUACCUGGACUCCCAUCAUGUGGGCCACAUCUCACUACUGGUGCCAAAAUUGGUAUUGCAUUGGGUACUUUGGCACUGUUCUUGCUGAUUGUAAUAUGUUCAGUAUGUUGUUGGAAAAGGCGGCAGAAUAUCCUCCGAGCACAACAAAUUGCAGCAAGAGAUGCUCCAUACGCGAAAAAAAGGACUAAUUUGUCACGUGACAUCCAGAUGACCAGGCAUCAUAAUCAGGGCAAUGCUCGGACUGCAGCUGAAAACGGUCCAAGUUUGCUUUCGUGAUCAUAACUUAUCUGUCCAGUCGAAACUCGUAAAAUUAAACUUGCUGGGUUUUAAUGCAUGGAUUUCUCAUUGUUUGCUUCAAUGUGCUAGUAAGCAAUGCUAAAACGUAGGCAAGGGAAGGACUUCUGGAAGUUCAAGUUAUUAUAUCAAAUAUUGGGAGUCCCAUACACUGGAAAGCAAGCGAAAAAAGGAAAAAGAAAAAAAUGUACAUUACUACAAUUUAUUCUUUCCAAUCUUUGAAACAAAAAUUGUAUCACCGAAAAAAGAGUAUGAUAGAAGUCAAACGUUUUCCCAAACUUCCAGCUAUUAUUUUGCGAAUGGGGUUUGGAAUGUAAAGUAACGUGUUUCUGUAGGCCCUAUUAGGCUUUGGCAUAUGAUUGCAAUAAGAGAGUUAAAUUAGUAUGUUCCAAA